AUGGACCACCCACUUCAAGUGUUGCGCGAAUACGCGCAAGGCCGCCGCACUUUCAAGGAGAUUGUGCAGGGCAACGACACGUACUACAUGUUCGACGGCAUUGUCUACGACAAGAACGCGAAGACGAACCUCACGAUUUAUGGCCGCACCGAUGACUACUACACGCUGGAGUCGCUGUACUUCAUCUGGGAACGUCGCGACAUCUCCCAUCCAGCCUACGUCAAGGAGGCGGCCAGAAGGUCGAUCCGAGCCGUCGGUCGUCCCGAUCGUCGUGAUCUGCUCGAUUACCUGCGCGGUGAUCGUCAAGAAGUGCCUAGCAAUUUCGAUCGUCUCGCCCUGCCCACGCCGUCGAUCCCCGCUUUCAGAUUUAAGGAAUUCGAACCGGAGCACAAGCGCGCUAAGCUCGACCCGAGCGCCGAGACAACAGUGCAAUGGGAGGCCGGCUCGGCCACGUCAGCUGUCGAUGAGUCAAAUCUGCACGAGCUCGACGAUAACUCGACGGCCGACAAGAUCGCUGCGCUGCGAGAGAAGACAGCCAACCAUCAGAAGCGCGCCACGGUCCUCGAUGAUAUGGAUAUCACAACUGACGAGGCCGUCCCCCUGCCGCCUUCUAUUCUUCGGAAACUGGAACGCGUCUGGCACACGCGCAGCAAUUGCAUGGAGAGCAGGAUCAAGAACAAUGAUUUCUCCUGUGUCCUCAAGGUUAUCCAAGGCUUGAAGAUGCGCGAUGAGAGGGCGGCGCGCAACAACAACAAUGUGGACCCGAAUCCACGCACAAAGCCCGGCUACUCCCGUUACAACCAGGAGCAGCAGGACACCGAUGCCCCGAAGAAGCGGACGUGUCGUACGCCGAUCAUCAUCAUCCCACCUUCAACGAACCAGUACUCGAUCAUCUCGAUGUACAACGUCCGCAACGUUCUCCAGGAAUUGAGCUUCGCCACUGAGGACGUGGGCAAGCAGCAGGGCAAACUUGAAAAAGAGGUUUUGAUCCAGCGGAAAAAGGGCGACGAAACAGUCCCCUAUCGCGUCGUCGACGCCCCGCAACGGCUCACCAGCGAGGAAUGGGAUCGGGUUGUCGCCGUUUUUGCGAUGGGUCCCACUUGGCAAUUCAAAGGCUGGCCCCUAUGCAAAGGCGACCCCAACGAGAUGUUUCACCAUGUGCCCGGCUUCCACCUGACCUACGACAACGCGAACGUUCACCCGAAUGUCGCCAAGUUGCCGAUCAAAGUGCUGGCCCUCUCCCCCUACAAACGUCAUCUUGACCGUGCCCGUCUUCAGUGCUUUUGGGAGAUGGUCGACCGCCAUAUCGCCAAAAACAAACCGCACCUCCGUUUC